GCUGCCCCACCACCACCUUAAAGCUACAGUACCCAUGCCCGACAGCCCGAGAGAAGGGGCAGAGAGGGUGGCCGAAGCUAAUAAGCGAUCGAUCGGUGGUGAAGUGGUGAUCGACAGUCGAGAGAUUUGUAGAGAGAGGCUAUUUAGGCAAUUAGACGCAACGAGCAAGCAUAUGAUCAGACAUCGCUCUGCUGGCUGCGGAAAAUAAAAGGAGACCUAGAGAGAGAAAGAAAGAGAGGAGGAGGAGAUGGGUCGGGGGAAGGUGGAGAUGAGGCGGAUCGAGAACAAGAUAAGCCGGCAGGUGACGUUCGCCAAGCGCCGGAAUGGGCUGCUCAAGAAGGCCUACGAGCUCUCGCUGCUCUGCGACGCCGAGGUCGCCCUCAUCAUCUUCUCCGGCCGCGGCCGCCUCUUCGAGUUCUCAAGCUCCUCAUGCAUGUACAAAACACUUGAGAGAUACCGUACCUGCAACUCCAACUCACAAGAAGCAGCACCUCCGCUAGAAAAUGAAGAGCAAGAAUUGCAGGAUGAAAACAAAGACUUGAGGAAGAAGUUGCAAGAUACCACCAGCAGCUGCGGAGAGAAUGCGGUCCAUAUGUCCUGGCAAGACGGAGGGCAGUCUAGCUCCAGAGUACUCCAACACCCGGAGCAUGAUACCUCCAUGCAAAUUGGGUAUCCUCAGGCCUACAUGGACCAGCUGAACAGCAGAGAUCACGUGGCUUCUGAACGCCCUGGUGGAGGAUCGUCUGCAGGGUGGAUAUGAUUAACUGAUGUGGCGCUGCGUCGUGUGUACUGUAGUUAAUGUAUCUGUACUUCGGUGACAAUUGUUAUAUUUUUUGUGUACUGGAGUUGUGGUGAUGAGCACCACAUGUAUCUACUGAGAUUACGUGUGUGCUAGGCUGCGUGGUACGCUGACGGCCCAAAAGUUUGACA